AUGAGAAAAACGGAUCAGGAAAUACCCUGUCUCUGUUUUCGUAACGAUAAGGAAAAAUAUUCAAAUUUUAACGUCAAAGCGCCGGACAAAGAUAAAAAAGGAAAGAUUGAGAUUGGCGAGCUUGGGACCCGAGGACGUGAAAUAGACUUCGCAAGUGGAUUCCUCACUUUGUUCUUUCUUAUGCAUGACGUUAUCGAGGGCUGUUACAAACUUGAAAUAGUGAAGAAGCCUUUAAUGUUGGUGAGUGAAUGUAACUGA